AUGGCCCGAGGAGAACCGGUGGAGCGCAAGGCCAUAAUAACAUCCCCUUUAGGAGCAGACGGGCAGACUCUCCCCUUCCAGAUCAACGGGAGACGAGAAGCUCUGAGGACCAUCGGCGUCGGUUCAGCUCCUCCGGAAUUCGUCCACCCAGCCCACAAUGUGACGGUCGUGGAGGGACAGGAAGUCACGCUUAUGUGCUCCGUCAGCACUCUCAAGGAUUAUAAGCAGCUCGCCUGGGUGCACGAGGAAUCCCAAACUAUCCUGAGCAUCGGGCGGCACUUGUAUACCCGGAUCCCACGCCUGAGCUUGCACGCCGACCAUCACUCCGCCGCCCUCACUGUGUCCCCUGUGCUUUCCACGGACAGGGGCUGGUACAUGUGCCAGCUCAACACCAACCCCAUGACCUACACGAGGAGCUACCUGCAGGUCCUGGUUCCUCCGACGCUGGAGGACUGGUCGGGGUCCUACGUGGAGGUGCGGGAAGGAGUGUCUGUUCGUCUGACCUGCAACGCCCGCGCUUUCCCUCCUGCUCUGACGACCUGGAGGAGGAGCGACGCCGAACCCAUAUUCCGCACGCCCAAAACAGUCUGGGUCGUGGAAGGAGCUGACCUCGUGUUCGAAUCCGUGCGUCGAGUGCAUGGCGGCGCCUACACUUGCCACGUGGACAAUAAGGUCACCGCCCCCGUCUCCCGCACCACGCACCUCACCGUCACAUACGCGCCCGUUCUCUGGCUCGGGAGGGAGCUGGUGGGCGUGAAGGCGGGCGAAGACAUCACCCUCAACUGCUCCAGCGAGGCCAACCCGCCCCCCUCGCACUACUGGAGCGCAAACGGCACUAAUGUGACAACUAAGAAAUCCCGAUCACCUAGGCUAAGGAUGUUACCACCAGACUUGUCUUUUCCAGGUCACAAGUACCAGGUGGACGAGAUGCGCCUCUCAACCAGGACGGAGGUUUUGCUCACCAUCAGGAGCGUUGGGCACAAGGAUUUCACCCACUACAGGUGCCAUGCUGUGAACCCCAUCGGGCAGGCGGAAGGUACCAUUCGGCUGUAUGGCCGCUUCCCGGUCCCCAAGCAGGCCUCGCUCACCACGCAGCCGCCCACCAACGCCUCCACCAAGGUCCGCGUCGAGAGGCCCUGGCGCAACAACAACCGGGUCACCGACGUCAUGCCUUCAAGGAACACGUCAAAGAAAGCGAGCGCCGACGACGACCAGAGGAAGGGGAGGCGCCUCAAGAACUACCCCCGCCACGGAGGUCGUUUCAAUGACACGACACUCAUCGUCGACCUCAUAAUGGACGUGGAAGGGGGGGCGACGACCUGUUACCUCCAGAAGCUGUUGAGGGCGUCGGAUGUGGUUGUCGUUUUUCAUGUAUUGUUCCUAUUAGUACGAGAAAUGCAUUAA